CCUCAAUGUUGGCUCACACUUUGGUCGAUCUUUUGAUAUCGUGUUUUGAUUCGUCCUGCUUUAGUUGGACACAGAUGGGAAUUAAGGCUAGUUGUAGUUCAAAAUGAUGGAAUUAAUAUUAUAGAAGCAAAUUUUAUACCAAUUGAAGGCUUUGUUGAGAGUUGGAAAUGAAAUUGUAUAUAAUUUUAAUUACAGUAUUUUUUAAACUAUUACUCAUUCAUACAAUCUCUACUGAGCCUAUUAUUUAUGGAGCACUUCCAGAUACAUAUGAAUCGAUAACAGAUCAUAUCAUUGUAUUACAAUCUAAUAAACCUAUACAUUUAACUAUAUUUGGUAUACAAAUGGAUUAUAUUACUCAUAUAUCAUUUGCAUCAAUUAAAAAGUCACCAAAUUCACCAUGUGAACAUGAACGUGUUACUAGUUCAUUUAAUACACUUCCUGAAAGUUCAUUUGUUACUUCAAGUGUCAUAAGUUUACGUGAAUUAUCCAGUAAUGAAGUAGCUUUUUUUCUAUGCAUUCGUAUUAUUCCUGUACAAAUUUCAUCACUACCACGUAUUGAUUCAUCAGAAAAUACCGCAUCAUCACUAGAACAACAACCGCGACCACGGAAUUAUUCUGAUAUUGACGGUAAAUGGAUUUAUGCUAAUGGUACUACACCAGAGUAUCGUUUAUCCUUUCGGACUACAAGUGCUCUUAUGCCAUUAUGGGUACAAAUUAUUUUAAUUAUUUUAUUAUUUUUUCUAUCUGGUUUAUUCAGUGGUCUUAAUUUAGGCCUUAUGUCACUUGAUAAAACUGAAUUAAAAAUUAUUGAAAGUGCUGGUUCACAUAAAGAAAAAGGUUAUGCUAAAGCGAUACGUCCUGUACGUGAAAAAGGCAAUUUAUUAUUAUGUACACUUUUGUUGGGUAAUGUACUUGUCAAUACAUCAUUAACUAUACUUAUGGAUGAUUUAACUGGGAGUGGUUUAUUCGCUGUUAUCGCUUCUACUAUCGGGAUUACACUAUUUGGUGAAAUUAUGCCACAAGCUGUAUGCUCAAGGCAUGGAUUAGCUAUUGGUGCAAAAACUUUAUGGUUAACAAAAUUAUUUAUGCUGCUCACCUUUCCAAUUGCAUUUCCUGUUAGUUAUAUAUUGGAUAAAAUACUUGGUGAAGAAAUUGGUCAAGUGUAUAGUAGAGAAAAGCUUGGAGUACUUAUACGUGAACAAGCUUUGGCUGGAACAGUCGCCACAGACGAGAUGAAUAUUAUUACCGGUGCAUUGGCAUUAACGACAAAAACAGUUGCUGAUGUUAUGACUCCACUAUCUGAUGCCUUUAUGUUAUCCUAUUCAGCUAUAUUAGAUUUUCAUACAAUGAAUGAAAUCUUUUCACACGGUUAUACACGUAUCCCUGUCUACGAGAAUGAUAGACAAAAUAUUCGAGCUGUAUUAAACGUGAAAGAUUUAGCCUUUAUUAAUACAGAUGAUAAGGUGCCUGUAUCAACUGUAUGCGAUUUUUAUAAUCGUUCAAUUAUUAUUGUAUUGGAUUCAACGAAUUUAGAAGUGAUGCUGAAAGAAUUUCGUCAAGGAAGAGCUCAUAUGGCAUUUGUUGAACGUUUAGUAACAGAAGAUGAAUGUGAUCCAUACAGAGAAAUGAUUGGUUUAGUCACCUUGGAAGAUGUUAUCGAAGAGAUUAUUCAAGCUGAAAUAGUCGAUGAAACAGAUAUUUUGACUGACAAUGUUCAUCAUCAAGUCCGACAAGUACGUAAAAGAGACUUUCGUAUGUUUGGUCUUCAUGAUUAUCAGGGCAAGUCGAGAUUAUCACCACAAUUGAAAAUUGCCGCCUUACGACAUUUAGCAUCAAAUGUUGAAUCUUUCAAUGAAAAUUAUAUUUGUUAUUCUGUAUUACAAAGUUUUCUUAAUGCCAAUAUUGUUGCUGAAUGUUUUUACAAUGCCAAAGAUGAAGAAGCUAAUACGCUAUACCAUAUGGGUCAAUGGGCAAACUAUGCUAUCCUUCUACUUCAAGGACGUGCUACAGUUGAAAUUGGUGCUGAAGGACUUGUCUUUGAAGCUGGCCCGUUUGUUAUGUUUGGUGAAACUGUUUUAAGGCGUGUCAAUGAAUUGUUUCCGAAUCUAUCAGAGAUUAUGGAUCCAUCAGUUCAGUCGGCACGUUUAGCCUCUGAAGCUCGAUUCCUACCAGAUUAUGAUUUAAAAGCUUCAACAAAUUUACAAUAUUUAAAAAUAUCCGCUGAACAUUAUCUACUGGCUAGACGUUUAAGUAUCCUGCAUCAACGAGCUAAUAUACCUGGUGAUGUAACAGCUAAAUAUUCUCUGAAUUUGUCUGAGAAAUUCAAUGAAACCAAAUCAUUUAAUAAUAUAGCUGGAUUAAUUGGUCCAAUCACUUACGGUUGUCAUGAUAUGUUUCAAAAUGCUUGGAAUCGUCAUAUUGAUCGUUUACAAAAAUCAUCAUUAGCUGCAGCAUAUGCUGCUACGCUGGAAGAUAAUCAUCAACUUGGUGAUGGAGGCAACCUCGGUGUUGGCGGUGGGAAUCCAAAUGUUUGUGCAUCCAUUACACCGACUAGAGAUGUUAUCACUCCUGAAAAUCAUAUCCAAAAUGAUGAUAUUAAUCCGGAUAGUACGACAAAUCCAACACAUAUUUCUAAUGUUACUUCAACUACCAGUACUAGUAGUUCUAUGAAUACUCCAGUGUCUACGAUGAAUACAACUGGUAUAUCAAAAACACCGUCUAUCGUUAGGCAAUCAUCAAACACUGUACUCAGUGAUGCUAAUAGUAAUAAUAAUAAUAUUAAUAACAAUAAUAAUAAUCCUAAUGGUAUGCUUAAUAGUACUUAUAGUAGUACUAAUAAUAGUAGUAGUGAUAAUAACAAUAAUAAUAUUAGUAGUAAUCUGAAAUCCGCAUCUAAACAUUAUGUAUCUGAUGAAGACUUAAAUUCUGCGAAACCAGAAGAACUACAAGCAUUUGUAACACCGUCUAGUUUACCUUCAAAUAUUUCAUUAUCUAGUCGUCAUGAUGGAAUUACACAUGUGUAGGGUGUAAGUGAGUGAGUGAGUGGGUGGGUGAGUGCAUCCUCAUACUUAUUCAUGCACUAGCCUUCUACACUCAAGUUAUACAACACAAUGUGCAACACAUAACCAAUCCUAUUUCAUCACUCACUCACUCAUACAUUCAUUUAUUUUGUUUUUAAUGAGAAUCCUGUUCUAUACUUACUACUACCAACACCCGUAUAGGGUUCCCUUCCCAAUUAUUGAUUAAUUAGUGGUGUUGUGAAUGCUGGCUGGGUCAAGUUGUUUGAUGGUUUUGCCUUUUUUGUGGGCACAGUUUGAUUGAUAUAUGGAUAGAUAGAUGUUUUUAUUUGUGAUUUUGUUAUAUACUACUGAUAUUACUAUUAGUAGUAGUAUUGUUGUUACUCUUCAAAUUAGAUUCUUCUGUGAGUGGAGUAUUUUAUAGCCAACACUAGUAUAUAUACUGAUCAUGUGCAUUCCAUAAAUACCGUAGAGGCAUACUAAAUUCUACUAUCGCCUGCCCUUUUUCCUUUUCUCUUUAUUUUGUUGUUGUUGUUGUUGGGUUAUUCUAUUUUCUGAGGCUGAUGCUGCCUUCGCUAGAUGAUGGUUACUUUCUCAAAGUUAUGUAAUUAUCAGGGGGUGAGUGGGAUGGAGAAACUGUCACUCGCUGUACAUUGAACCUAUAUAUGUCUUUAAUUGCACUUAUUGCCUAUCUAUAGAUGUAUAUAUAGAUAUAUAUUUAUAUGUUAUCGAUUUCACCUCCCAGAAAUACUCUUGUCUUAUCAACUUGUACUCAAGCUAGACAGUUCUUCUUUCAUUACAAUAUCAUUAUUAUUAUUACAUAAUUGUGGCUGCCCUCUCUCAGUUCAUCUUUAUUUUGGUGUAUGUGUGUGUAUAUAUAUGUGUGCAUUUUGUGGGCAUACAUACACAUGCAUAUGUACCUUUGUCUCUGUUUCAUUUUAUAUGAGAACAACGGUGACGAAUGACGACGAGGCAUGAGGGGGGUGGCGGGCUGAAUAGGCGUGAAAGCAUACGAGAUACUGCCUUCUGCACAACAGUCUUUGCAUUCUUAUUUUUCGUCUUGUAGCUGUUAUUGGCAGAUGUCUUCUUCUUAUUAUUAUCUUUUAUUAUUAUUAAAUAUCUUAGGCAUUUUGAAAGCUAUUCACAUGGAUUCUAUGUUUACUGUUAUAUCUAUCACAGUAGUACUUAUUGCCAAAGAAAGAGAGUGUGUAUGUAUGUAUGUAUGGGUGUUGAUUUAUUGUGGGUGCUUUUUAUUCCUUUACGUUCCCGCAUUGGAACAUAGAAUUGCUUCAAGCUAGAUAGAGGCUUGAAGUUUCAAUAGCUGUGGUUGGUAUUUAUUUUUACGGGAUUGGGGGGUCGCUAGCCUCACUUGGCGGCAACCCCCCUCCCCCAAUUUUCCUUCUUUAGCAGCCUUAUUACUCGCUUAGAGAGGUAAAUGAGUGAGUGCAUUGGGUGGCUGGGGAGUCGAACUUCAAACCAUCUGCAUGGUUGGUGAGCAUCCUACCGCUUUACCCACCGACCCACUAUCUAUGUAUUGUUUACUUACCUACUUUGCCUAUCUAUCUAUCUGUCUAUCCUACCUACCUACUCUACUUAUCCUAUUCGAUUCCAUUCUAUCCUACAUCUAUCUGUGUAUACAGGAUAUAUAUAAAUAAAUAAAUAAAAUUUUGUAUAUACAUAUGUAGUUCUUUUAGACUGUUCAAUGGUUUCCCAUUGUUAUUUAAUAUGAGAUAUUCAUAUAGAUUGUAAUUUACUUAAACUUGUUUGUUUUUUUCUUUCUGACAUACGUCUGGGUCGUUGGUUUGUUGUUGUUGUUUAUUGUUUAUGUACAUCAGAAUAUGAUGGAAACAGGGUCAUGCAUAUGUGUGUGUAGGCUGUGCUAUGCCGGGGGGGGAGGGCGCGGGAUUUUACUUAACUUUUUGUUCUUCUUCCUUCGCCUACACACAAAUCGUCUCUCGGUCACUCUCUCGCUUCCUCCCUGUCUCUCUCUCUCCCUCUCCCAUUUUAUAUUGAAUCAAUGAAGAUUCUUCGAUGAGGGUGACCAGAAGCAAUGAAGUCUUUGAAUAUAUAUGCGCAAAAUACUAAUUAAUAAAAGAAAAAAAUUGAAGAGAUUUCCCAUCUUAACUACUUUAUUCAUGUAAUUCUACAUUAUUGAUGAAGUUAUUUCCAAAUCUUAUGUAAGAAUUUCUCUUUCCAGCCUUAUUAUUACUAUUACUAUUUUUAUUAUUGUUAUUAUUAUACACUUGUACAUUUUGAUAAUAUAUAUAUAUAUAUAUAAUUAGUAAUAACAAGUAUUGCUAUUACUAUUAUUAUUCCCUUUGGUCCUCGAACAAUGAACACAUAGGGCUUCAAUAGAACAUCUCCCUUUCUUAAUAAUAAUAAUAAUAAUUUACUUUGUUACCAAAACAGUACUUGUAAUACAGAAUGGAAUUUUCAGCAUUAAUCACACACAAUAUUCCAUCUAAUAUCCUCAAAUUAUAAAUAAAAAUUAG